AUGAAUAAUAACAAUAUAUUAACCAAUGAACAAUGGUUAGAAAUUUCGGAAGCGAUUAAGUUAGUUGAUCAAACAGGUGAUCAUACUGUACUCAAUCAAUUAUUAAUUUCAAUUAUGACAAAUUUUAUUGAAACUCUUGAUGAUGAUGAUGAUUUUCAAAAAAAUGACGAUGAUAAUAUGGAAAGACAGUUUGUAAUUGCAUUAAUUGAAAGUGAACUUGCUGAAAUGAUAGCUAUUGAUGCUUGUUCAAGUUGGUGUUGUUGUCGUCGACAAAAAAUUCAACCUUUAAAUCAAAAUAGACAUCGAUUUUCAGAUUAUUUAAUUAAUAUAGCACGAGCAAAAUCGUUGGAUAAAAAUAAUAAUGGAUUUAUUCCAAAAGAAAAUAUACAACGUAUCUUUGAAACACAAAUAAGUAAUGAGAAAAUGAGGGAAUUAUUGCACUUUGUAGAAAAAAAUACUAAUGGAAAUAUUAAUUAUAAAGAUUUUGCAACAUUGAUGUUACUUAUCCAAUGA